AUGGAGGAAGCAGUCCCUAUCGACGCCACAGCCAAGGUCGCCAAGAGACCAGAACCAGCACUCAAAAGCAAGAAGACGGCUCCAAAGGCAACUCGUCCAGAACAGUCUACGAAGACAACGAGUGAUCAAGAAUCAUCUUCAUUGAUUUCGGUCUCAUCGUCAUCCGAAACAACGGAGCGUCUCCAGGAACUUGAGCAACUUGUGAAAGCGUAUCACGAGCAGAAUAUGAAACUGCACAAAUCGAAUGAAGCAAAACUCGACAAGGUUGACAUGAAAAUCAAUCUUCUUACAGCUCGCUUCGGUAAAAUGGAAGAACAGGUCAAGAACUACACCGAAGAAGCCGACUCGGACGAGCAUAAGAAGAAGGACCAUGACUGGAAUGAAACGACGAGUUCAAGCAACUACGAGAACAACCUACGCCUACCCAGCAUCGAUACAUCGAGGACCAUUACGCCGGCGGAGCCCAGCUCAGAGCUGGACAGGAUCUUGCGUCAAAUGGACGAAACAGAGAAGGAGCUUCAUAGUGUCCGAAAGGAAACCUUUGAAAUCAACCUUCUCAUUGAAAAGACAUGGCAGAAGGACCGCAGUACGGACGCCAUCGACCACCUGAAAGUGAAGCGACGUCGCCUACAGUCGAAGGAAUCGAGAUUGGAAGAGGAAAUGCGGGACCUGGAAAUGCGAUUGGAGCGAGAAAGGAACGGAAAACACCGCAACACCGAGGAAAAAGUUCGUUCAAGGCGACACGACCAGCCACAGGAGGAACGAAUGGAAAGAAAUGUGAGCAGAGAAAGACGGCACGACCGCGAUCGCCAACGAGGAGAGGAACGGUUCUUUGGUGGCGGUCCAAUCGACAUAUCGGAUUGGGUGGUCAACGUCGAGGCCACCCUGAUCGCGCGGGAAUCUGGCGCUAUAUAA